AUGAGCCGCACCUUGGAGCCGACCCUGCUGUCCCUUAUACCUACGCACUCCACGGCUCUACCCCCGCCUCUUCUCGAGCUCGCAUCUUCGUUACUCGCCCAAUCGCGCAACAGCGCCGGCAGCUUGAAACAAGAAGAAGAGGUCGCCCGGUCAUACGCAUGCGCGCAUAUCGCCUGCGAACGUCUAAAGAUAUCACUCGACCUGCCACCUAUCCAGCCGAGACCCCCGAUCCCGCCGCGAAUAUAUAAUCGAUUGUAUACCCAUCUCGAUAAUGUCCUGCCUGCGAGCUCCGUAGGCAAGUCCGGUAGGGUUCGGACGCCAAACUCCAAGCUACGAGAAGCGGGAGGGUUGUUCACGAGCAGAAGCGCGCAGCGGAUACCGUCUCGAGGAACGCCGAGCAAAGAUAACUCGUUGGCAAAGUACAGAUCUCCGGCCGCGAAGGGCGAGGCCACACCUACAAAGUCUACAGGCAAGCGCCCACCUCAGGUUCCGGCCAAGAAGAAGGCAGGAGGUGUCACCAGCGCAUUACCCGCUUGGAUACGACCUACUAUUCAGUUACUGUGCAAGGAACUGGAUGACGAGCGCAUCGGACGAACCGUUCUGGCUGGGAUGAUGACCAUUGCCGCCCCCAAUGGCAGGCGCACCAAGGAUGAAUGGGUCAACGAGCACUUGACGCCUCUGCUUGCCGCUAUCUACUUCCUUGUGUCGUCGCAGCUGUAUGUCAUGGAGCAGGGCAAAGACCUGGACAAAAAGCAAUAUGCGCGUUUACGAAAGUCCAUCCUGAAUGUUCUAGAACACGCCCAGGAGAAAGUCACAGUGAAAGGGAUGGAUGAAGAUGAACUAUGGAUCGGAUGGGCCGACAUCGGUUCCAAAGACGUCGAUGAUGCUCUUACUAGAGUCGUAGGCAAUGGCUGGCAAAGGGACGAGUGGUUUGCUGGUAUCAAGAACCUAGUCGCAACGGAUGAGCCGGAAGAGGAGGCUGCUGAUGUCGAAAUGGAGGAUGGCGACGGCAGAAUCAGCGAGAAGCUCCACAGACAAAGACCCGAUACCAUGUUUCAGAGUAAAUGGGACAUGACAGAACGGAAACGAGAGGAGUACCGGGUAUGGAAGGAGGGUAUUUUGCGACAAAUAGAAGAGGUUGAGCGAAGGCAAGAGGUGGGCAUCGAGGUCGAUUCUACGACAUGA